GGGGAGAGACUGAGAGCACACGGCCGCCGCUCCCCGCAUUCUCCCACCCCCUAAAAUAUGAUCAGGGGGGCUUGGAUGUAUCCAAGGGAAGAUGAGGCCGUCUUAAAGAUCUGCUGGGAACCCCGACACAGCGACAAACCGUGCGCCGACUCCGAGAGGGCUCAGAGAUGGCGAAUGUCCCUGGCGUCUCUCUUGUUCUUCACCGUCCUGCUGUCUAAUCACCUGUGGUUGGUGUCUGCAGGGGCCAAAGCAAGGGGCAGCUUCACCUUCAGUCUCCAGCCAGCCAACUCCAGCCUGCUGCCCCCCCAGAGCUUCCCAGGAGAGGGCAGGGGCUGCUGGGACACUUUCCUAAGCAAUCUGACCAAAUCUGCUGCUCAACCUCCUCAUUGCACUGGGGUCAGGUCCACUCACCUGGACACAGCCUGCGCCAAACUGCAUUAUUUGCAAAGACACCGGGGGUCUUUCUCUCCAUCCUACCCCCAACCUUCCUCCUGGUCCUCCUCUUACUGGUCCUACCCCCCUUCCUCUUUUUCCUCCAAGAGGAACUUUUUGAAGGCUUAUUUUCGCAACUACACCCUGUCCUUUUGUGAUACCUACACCAUCCUGGACCUGCUGCUAGGUAUGUCUAACCCCGACAGCCUGGACUGCAGCCUGGAGAGCCUGAUGGAGGACUUUGUGGGGGCAGCUGCAGCCUCUCCUGCCCUCAUUGAGGGUGAGGUGUGCAGCAGCUGCAUCCAAGCUUACCAGAGACUGGAUCAACAUGCUCAGGAAAAAUACGAGGAGUUUGACUUUGUGUUGGAGAAAUAUCUGCAAUCUGGGGAAUACUCUGUGAGAUCCUGCGUGGGUGAUUGCAAGGCUGUCUACAAAGCAUGGCUUUGCUCGGAGUAUUUUAACGUGACCCAGCGGCAGUGCCGCCAUCGCAUUCCCUGCAAGCAGUACUGCCUAGAGGUUCAAACCCGCUGUCCUUUCAUGCUACCUGACAAUGACGACCUUAUUUACGGAGGGUUACCUGGCUUCAUCUGUACAGAUAUGCUAGAAAACCAUAUGUCCAACACAGAGGCAGAGUGCUGUGACGUCCGAUGGCAUUCCUGCAAAACCCAAGGGAGCGGCAACCACAACACAUCAACCAAAUCUACAGACUCCCGGUUCAAAUAUUAUCCACACCACCAGCACCAUCGAGACCAUCACUUGCAUCCCUACCAUCAUCAGCACCACCAGUCUCUGCUGCCGGUCUCAGCGGGAUCCCGCCUCGGAAACACCAGACUAAGGCUAUGUGUGUUGGUGCUCAUGCUCCUCCACACCAUGGCCUCCUUCUCGGUUGUGCAGAAUGGGGUUACAUUGGAGCCCUUGCCCGGCCUGGAUGAUUCAUCGUCACAUGAAGAGUGAACUUAUGGAAGUGCUUUCUAAAAAUCCAGAAAGUUGGAAUCAGUUCCUCCGAUGGGUCCACUGUUUUCUUUGACCUGGAGGCACGGAGAGGGGAACCUCAAAUGCAGUCAACCAUGGUGCAGCCUGGUGAAAAUAUAUCAGUUCUAUGGGUUAGAGGGCCCGUGAGACACAACUUUGAGAAGGGUUCUGUGUCAGUGGCCUUGAAAUGAUGCUUGUACUAAGCAAAGGCGAUAUGAGGCAGAGUGAGAUUGGGGUGGUCAAGUAUCACUGUGUUGUGUGAAUGCCUGGCAAAAUAAUACAUGGCACCCUGUGGUUAGUUAAAUCAACACCUGGUUGAGCCUACCGUUAACGACUGGUGAGCCUUAUUACUGGUAGCGAAGUGAUUUUGUGCUGCCAUGAAUGUAUCUUUGGUCAUUUUGUGCUUGGCCAAGUAGCCAGCAAUGUUCCCAGUAAUAAUGAAAAAGAGAAAGAGAAAUUAUAUCCUGAAGUAUUUUCAAGGGGAAAAAAUUAUAAAAAAAAAUGUAUUAAAAUACCCCUAAAAAGUGUUAUAACAAUUGAUAUAGUAAACAUGAUGUGUUAAAGUAAUGCUGGCUAGAAAUUGGAAGGUAGAAGAAGCAGCAAUGUCAAAGCCUAAAAAUGUGCAAAAAACGCAAUCUAAAGAAAACCCGUUGAGGUACCACACAUUGCUAAGUAGAAAAAAAAACACUUCUAGCAGAAUGUAGAAGUAUAAGAAAUACAGAAAAAAGAAUGAUACGACUACUACAGAGGUAUUGGUGGCAGGAGUGGUCUGGAGCGUGUGUCUAAUUGCUUCAUCACAAUAGGAAAAGGCUGUAGUAAAGACACAACCAUAAGCCUAAAAUAAGAGUAGAAAAGGAUGUCUUCAGUGCAGCCACAGAGCCCAGAGGCCUACAUCCAAGUGCAGCUUAUACUGCAGGGCUACAGUGAACACCAGUUAAUAACAUUAAAAUGCUAAAUGCGCAAUGACAUUCCAGUUAUUCCUAUCCAGUACUUGUAUAAUGUUUUGUUUUAGUGUGUUUGCUCAUGUCAUCUCUAAUUUCAGAUAUCUGUGAUCUGUUGUAUAAACAAACUACCAACCAUCUAGUCUCCGAGCUUUUGUUUCCAACCGAGUUUUUAGAUCAUGCAUAUCCUUAACUUGGGCCAAACUGCGCUGUGCAGCACUAUGGGGCGCAAGGAACAAUGGUUUCAUAGAAAAAAAAAAUCCCUCUUUCUAGAUGUGAUCAUGAUAAUGACAAUUUUCAGAUAUAAAGAUUUAUGAAGGGGAGGAAGUUAAAGCCCCUAAUGCAAAAGAAUUAAUUGAGCAGCUGCUAUUAAACAUCCGUGAUAUAUUUCUCACAUAGUACAGACAUGAAGAUAUGCAAUACCUGUAUAGCAUUUGCCUUUUGUGUGUUUGCUUUAUUUAAUAAAUUCUCUUGUCUAGUUAAUGUAUAGUACAAAUCCAUACAGAUCACUUGCAUUUUGUGGUGUUAAUGUCCUAUUUGGCAUCUCAUCUACAGUAAAAUAGCAGCUUGUUUUCCAUACUCACUUUAUUUAAUUAUACAUGUAGAAGGAAUACCUGCACUCACAAUCUGGGUACUGGGUUAUUGUUUGCCUUAUAAUGAGUGGGAGAAGCAACAGGUGUCAGUUUAUGGUUUCUUACUCGCUUCUGCCAGGAACUGCUUGCAUCAAUUGAGUUACACCAAAUGUAAUGCCACAAAGGUUUCCUAAUUCAUUCCAUAUGACAGUCAGACACAUAGGUGACCAACAUGCAGAAUUUCUAACUCUAGAUUUUAGGCAAGAUUGCUUUUGUGCAGGGAUGUGCCACCUAGAUAUUAUGAACUACAUCUACUAGCAUCAGUGGAAUGCUAGGAAUUGUAUUUCAGCAACAUUUGGAAGACUGUAGGCUUGCCAAGCCUUCCCUGGUAGCUGAAUAAUCUUUAGCAAUUACUCUGUACCAGUGUUUGCCAGGGGAUAUCCAAUCUACUGAAAAAGUAAAUAUACUCAUCUGAGCAAGGUCUCAAUAAAUGGUUCUCAACACUUCUGAA